UAUGGGGACUUGGCCGCGGGCGAGACUGAGCCUCCCAGCGUGCUUUGCAGCCCGGCCGCGAGCCGGUGUCUGGCGAUGGGGAGCCCCUGGGGCUUUCGGCCGCCAAACCUCUCGUAGAGGUUGCGGUGGAGCCGGGAGCCUGAGGCCCUGACGGCCAUCCGGGGGCGAGAUGGAAGCGUGGCGCUGUAUGAGGAGGGGCUACGGCCGCUGUGUGGUGGGCAGAGGCCGAUACCCCAUGUUACCCCAUCACCAGAGGAGUCUGGGCAGAGACUGGACUACACCGUGGGAGAAUCUGCAAAGGUGUUGCUGGAACAGACAUAUUUCUAGUUGUAUGAGGUGGCCUGGACAUUAUUCUCGUGCUCCUUACCCCUACUUCAGUAGUAGGCAUUUCUCGUUAAAUUGGAGACCACCUUGUUUGUUUGAGUCUAGAACUCAGUUUCAGUACUGGAAUUGGAGACCUGACAGCCUGAGCCAGACAUCUUUGAUUCAUCUCUCUAGUUCCAUCAUGAGCUCUGAGGGAGAUGAGCCUUCAUCAAAACGGAGAAAACGCCAAGGCACCAUCAAACGGCAUUGGGAAUAUCUAUGUAACCAUAAUAAAGAAAAUAUGAAGAUUCUAGGAGACAAAAAUGUUGACCCCAUAUGUGAAGACAGUGAAAACAAGUUUGACUUUACAGUGAUGUCCUAUAAUAUACUUUCACAAAAUUUAUUGGAAGAUAAUUCACACCUCUAUAGACACUGCCGGCGACCAGUGUUACACUGGAGUUUUAGGUUUCCCAAUAUUCUGAAAGAAAUUAAAAACUUUGAUGCAGAUGUACUUUGUUUGCAAGAAGUUCAAGAAGAUCAUUAUGGAACAGAGAUCAGGCCAAGUUUGGAAUCGUUGGGUUAUCACUGUGAGUACAAGAUUCGUACGGGAAGGAAACCGGAUGGCUGUGCCAUUUGCUUCAAACAUUCCAAAUUUUCACUUUUAUCAGUGAACCCAGUGGAAUUCUACCGCCCUGAUGUUCCUCUGUUGGACAGAGACAAUGUUGGAUUAGUGUUACUCUUGCAGCCCAAAAUUCCAAGUGGUGCCUCUCCUGCAAUCUGUGUAGCUAACACACAUCUGUUGUAUAACCCAAGGCGAGGUGACAUUAAGCUGACCCAAUUGGCAAUGCUUCUGGCAGAGAUUUCCAGUGUUGCCCAUCAGAAAGAUGGCAGCUUCUACCCUAUUGUUAUGUGUGGGGACUUUAAUUCUGUUCCUGGUUCUCCGCUCUAUAGUUUCAUAAAGGACGGAAAAUUGAAUUAUGAAGGACUUGCCAUAGGAAAGGUAUCUGGCCAGGAACAGUCUACACGGGGACAAAGAAUUUUAUCUAUUCCAAUUUGGCCCCCAAACCUAGGUAUCUCACAGAACUGUGUGUAUGAGGUACAGCAGGUACCAAAAGUAGAAAAGACAGACAGUGAUCCAACACAAACACAGCUGGAUAAAACUGAAGUCCUAGCAACAGCUGAAAAGUUAUCUUCACAUUUACAGCACCAUUUCAGCUUGUCAUCUGUUUAUUCGCAUUAUUUUCCUGACACUGGAAUUCCAGAAGUGACCACCUGUCAUUCCCGAAGUGCCAUAACUGUGGAUUAUAUUUUCUAUUCUGGGGAAAAGAAAGAUGUUGCUGGGGAGCCAGGAACUGAAGUUGCUUUGGUUGGAGGCUUGAAACUUCUAGCUAGACUGUCACUUCUUACAGAACAAGACUUGUGGACUGUUAAUGGACUUCCAAAUGAAAACAACUCUUCAGAUCAUCUGCCUUUAUUGGCCAAGUUCAGACUUGAACUCUGACUGUUCUUUGAUUAUAUAUAUACUUUUCUUUGCAAUUUAUAUUCUUUUUCAAAGACUGUAAAGUUGUUCUUAAGAGUUUGCAUGUUGUUUAUUUUUGCGCCGUGGAGUUUCUGAAGAGGUUAUGUUAAAUGCUUGGAACUGAUAUCAGAGACACAAGUUUACAACAAUUUUCUGUUUUCAUAAUGAAAGAAUAUUUUCCUGACAAAUGAUAUCCAAAUGCUCUUUAUUGUAAAAUAAUUGUAAAUAUUUUUAUUCUAAAUUCUAGUAAAAUAGACAGUGACUUUUAAAAAUAGUGCAUCUUUAAUCCUCUUAAUUCCAUUUCAUGUUUUUGGCAAGUUUUAUGGUGAAUCCCAAAGUGUCUUUGAGUUCUUGCAAACCACAACUCAUUUCCCUUCCAGAAGGCUUUAUUUCAUUGUGAGGACCAUAAAUUUGUUAAGUCCCAAUUAGUUAAUCUCAGAAAUCAUUGGGUCAUUUUCAAGUCUCCAACCAUUUCAGUGUGUUUUUGAGGGGGCUUGAUAAUGCUUUUAAAAAUUGUACAGAUUGUUUAAUCCAUCUUGUUACUAUCCUGGGACAUGUAAUAUAUCUACAUUUUGUUGGGGUAAAAGGUCCCAUAACUAGUGGGAUGAAGACUACACAAGCCCACUUUUCCAUCCUGUAACAGACAGACCAUUAUAGGAGGCAGAUUGGGGUUAUGUCUUCAUUUCCCUAGCAAUUUUUUUUCUUUUCUCUAUUCAGUUUCAAGAAAAGAUCUCUGGGUUAGGGAAGAUUUUAUUUUAGUGAACUAAUACUGUAGACAUUUAUUUUAUUAGGAAACUUGUCUUUGGAACAAAGUGGCAGCUAUAAGAUUAUUUUUGUUUUGCCUCAGAAAUUUGAGGAAGCCAGCAAAAAUCUAGUGGGUAAAUACCGACUUGGAGAUCUAAUAUUCUUUAGUAAUUUUAACUGUUUCAGUGUUUUGUUUCUAAAAUGUGUUUUAACAUGAUGUAGCAGUGUGAGAUAGUCCUGACAUUUUUUAUGAAGUGGUUAAGAGCGGGUCUAAUAAUUAAUUCUGCAUUUGGCUCUAUGUGUUUGAAUCAAAAAUUUUAAACCAUAAAAAGAAAAUUUUCUCUUUUUUUAGACAUGGUAAUCAAAGAAUUAUGUGUAUUUUUACCGAAUAAUUUUAUAUUGAAUUAUACUGAAUUAGUAAAGUUUUUACGGUGAGUUUUCUUAGUAUAAUGCUUCACUUUAAAUUAGAAAGCAGUAGUUACUUUAUAGUCUUGGACUUUAAAAGUUUCUGUAUUUUGUACUGCCAUUAUUAAAAAAAAAAAAAUAGAUGAAUACCCCAAAAGGCAUGUGGGCUAUAAGGAUCUGACUAGUAAAAAUUGUAAUAAGAAAAUACUUUUAAAUGUUUAAUUUUUCACUUUGGGGCUCUUUUAUUUAUGGUAUUAACUAUAGUUCUAGGAUUUUCCACAUUUUCUAGUCACCGUUUUCAGAAUAUUCUGAUCUGUCCUAAUUAGCAGAUAUUAUCAUUAUCAAAUAAUAACAGCAGAUAGUAUAAUUAUCCCCUUUUAGUAUUUGGGAAAGAAAAAUGAAAAUUCCUUGAUUACUGCUUUCUGCUGUGUGAAUUUACUAACAAAUAUAUAUAUAUAGUCAUUAAUGACAGACUAACAUCCCUGAAAACCUCUGUGGAAAUUCAGUUUUUCAUAUCCUGAUUAAUAUAUUGUGAUUUUUAGGCCCUUUUCAAGUGCUUCACUUUUAUAGAGUUAAUCCAUAAAAUUGCUUUCUCCUUUAUCUUAUAGAAUGAAGAAGUAUUAGUUUGUAGGACUGGAGGCCAAAAAGGUCAAUGUAACUUUUUCACAAGUUUUUAAAGCUUCACUAAAACUAAUUAUCCACUUGUCUGUUUUGGUUAGAAGAGUUGGUAACUCUGUGAGAGCCUACUAUUUACCUGCCAAAAGCAAUGGAAUCUGGCUGUUUGCUGAAACUAAGUCUCCCACAACCUCAAGUUCUGUACUAUCCAACUUCUCAAUGGAAAGGGAUGUUGUGGAGUAAUGAAAUUUUAGUUUGAUUAUUCCUUUGAUAUCAAGAUAAUAGUCAUGUUUGAAAACUUGUCCUUUAUUACCUUUUUUUUUUUUUAAUUUAGCGACAGUCUGGUUUUAACCCUUUGCUUGAGUAAAAUGUAAGAAUCCAGAGAGUAUAAGGGGUUGGGGAAACAGCCAUCAAGUCAUUUGCACUUUGUACCUGUAAAUUACCUAAUAAAGUAUUAUACUAGUCCAUCUGUG